AUGUUGAAGCCACUCGUGGUGUGGGCCGUGGUGGCUAAUUUGGGCUUCAUAACACUUUCCGAAGGAAAUUUCGCUCCUUACCCAGAUUCUGCAGUCCGUGGUAACCCUCACCGUAAAUGCCAUGGAUCUAACGAAGUUUUCAACGAGUGUCCCAACCCAUGCCCACCACAGCGUUGUGGGGUCAACAAAGCUGCGAUUCGUUGCGCAGCACCGCCAAAACCUGGUUCCAGUGACUGCAAACCUGGUUGUGUAUGUGCUAAAGGUCAUGUGAGGAACAGAGCUGGUACUUGUAUACCUGAGAAAGACUGUGUAUAUGACUGUGCUAAAAAUGAGACACUGGAUGAAUGUGUCUCAGACUGCCCACCUCGGUAUUGUGGUGUGAACAUAGCUGUAGUAUUGUGCGCUCCUAUAGACGAAUGCGAUUGCAAGAAGGGCUGCCGUUGUAAAGACCGUUACUUAAGAAACGGUGAUGGAGACUGUGUCCUCGAAAAAGACUGUCCUAAAUGCGACGGACUAAAUGAAGAAUACGACGUGUGUCCGAACCCGUGCCCUCCGCAAGACUGCGAUGUAGACCCAAGCACGAUCAAAUGCCCUGCACCGCCUCAACCUGGUGAUAAGCGAUGUAUACCAGGAUGCCGCUGUUUUGAAGGCUAUGCUAGAAACGCUUCUGGUAUAUGUGUACCUAGGAAUGAGUGUCCACAAUCAUGUGGCGAGAAUGAGAUCUAUUAUGAUGGCACCACAGAAAUUUGUAGACCUUUAGACUGUUCCCAAGUAGGGUUCAUUGAACCUUGUACAGAUUCUAUAGAGGCUGGCUGUAUAUGUGACUAUGGAUAUGUUUGGGAUGAUGAAGGCAACUGCAUACCGAUGACGGAUUGUCCAUCGUGUGGAGGAGAUAGUAACGCAAUAUCAGGUUGUGGUACGAACUGCGGCAAACAUUGUUACGAUUACUACAACCACACAGUGCCUUGUAAAGAAAUAUGCUACGAAAACGCUUGCGAUUGCCGAAAAGGUUUCUAUUACGAUCACAAAAAAGGAAAAUGUGUUAAACCUGACAAAUGCUCAUCAAAAUGCCCUAAAAACGAGACACUAGACUCAUGUGUAUCAAACUGUCCACCUCGUUACUGUGGGGUGGAAAUAGCUGCAGUGUCAUGCGCUGCGAUACCUGAGUGUGACUGCAAGGAAGGGUGCCGAUGUAAAGACGGAUACCUACGGAAUGCUCAGGGAUUCUGUGUACACGAGAAAGACUGUCCAAAAUGUUACGGCAAAAAUGAGGUGUACGACGUAUGUCCAAACCCGUGUCCCCCACAAGAUUGCAGUGUAGACCCAAGAGUGAUCAGAUGCGCUGCACCACCACAACCUGGUGACGAUGCAUGCAAGCCAGGCUGCCGAUGUAUCAAUGGCCAUGCUAGAGAUGAAAACGGUGAAUGCAUACCGAGAGAACAAUGUCCUGGAUAUUGUGGAGAGCACGCAAUCUACCACGACGGUAGCUCAGAGAUUUGUCGACCUUUGGAUUGUUCUCAAGUAGGCUUCCCUAUAAACUGCACAGAUGUCGAACCUGGUUGCAUAUGUGAUUAUGGAUACGUUAGAAAUAGUUUCGGUGAAUGUGUACCAAUGAGAGAUUGUGAAUCUUGUGGAGGCGAUGAUAAUUCGUGGUCCGGCUGUGGUGUGAACUGUGGCAAACACUGCUCUGAUGUAUUUAACAUCACAAGGCCAUGCCCUAAAAUAUGCUAUCCAAACGCCUGCGAUUGCAAAGAUGGAUUUUAUUAUGAUGAGAACCAAAAAUCAUGUGUUCCUCGAGAAGAAUGCACGAAACCUUGCGGAAAAGACGAAGUAUUUUCAAAAUGUACUAACGAUGACUGUACUCCGAAGAACUGUUCACAAUUAGGCUUCCCGAUGCCUUGUCUGAAAUCCGAUAGCACACGCUGCACUAAGGGAUGUAUUUGUAAAGAAGGAUUUGUCCGCGCAGAUAACGGAACUUGUAUUCCGAAGAAGGAUUGUCCUUCAUGUGGAGGUGAUCCUCAUGCAGAGUCAGGCUGUGGAGUAAACUGCGGUAGAUACUGUUCCAACUACAACGAAACAGAUAUUGUCUGUCCAGCUAUCUGCAAUACUAAUGGCUGUGAUUGUAAGAAAGGUUACGUGGUUGAUGACAACACUGGAAAAUGUGUACGACCUUCACAUUGUGUAUCUUGUAAGGGCGACCAUCACGCUGAACCGGGUUGUGAUCAAGAUUGCUCCGAGCGCUGUCCUGGACCGAAGCCAGACGAUUGUGUUUGUUACAAAGACAGUUGCAAGUGCAAAGACGGAUAUGUGUAUGAUCCUAAAGCUAAGAAAUGUGUUCGGGUUAAGUCUUGCAAACCCCCAUGUGGCAAGCACGAAGUUCUUUCGAACUGCAGUAAUGGUGGCUGUGGACCUUGGACGUGUGAUGAUGUAGGGUUCCCUACAGGCUGCGUUAAAAUGGAUCAAAAGUACUGUAAAGUCGGGUGUGUCUGUGAAGAAGGCUACGUACGACAAAAUGGAACUUGUAUUCCAGCUACUGAAUGUCCUUCAUGUGGUGGUGAUCCAAAUGCCGAAGCAGGUUGUGGCGGUAACUGCGGAAGACUUUGUUCAAAUUACAAAGAUGGCAAUGUAUCUUGCACAGCUGAAUGUCAGCGAAACGCCUGUGACUGUAAAAAACAAUAUGUGUACGACGAAGAACAACAAAAAUGUGUUCAUCCCAAACAAUGUAAAAAGAGAUGCACAGGUAAAAAUGAGGAAUAUGUAUCCUGUCCCCAAACUUGUCCUCCACAAACCUGUGAAAGUAUUGGGAAAAUAUAUCACUGUCCAAUGAUUAAAAUAGACGAAAAAGAUUGCAAAGGUGCAUGUCGAUGCAAAGAAGGCUUCUAUAGAAACAAAAUUGGCGAGUGCAUAUCGGAGAAAGAAUGCAAAAAAUGCCCAGGACUUCACGAAUAUUACUCAUGUGGCGGUGCGUGUGAUAAUGUGUGUGAAACGAUACAUAAACAGAAUCAAACCCACUGCCCCAUCAUCAACAAGCAGUGCAAUCGCAAAUGCUACUGUGAGAAAGGAUAUGCAAGAGAUAAAAACAAUACUUGUAUACCUAUUAAGGAAUGUCCAAAACAACCACGUUGUAAAGAAAACGAAAUAUUUUCAAACUGCACUAAUGGAGGAUGUGACGCCAGAAACUGUUCGCAACUGGGACAACCAGUGCCAUGUGUUAAAUUAAACCCCGAUGACUGCAUAAAGGGUUGCAUUUGCAAGGAAGGAUAUUUGCGUGCAAGCAAUGGCACUUGUGUACCAAAAGAUAAAUGUGAUAAUUGCAACAGACCACAUGAACAUUACGAGUCAUGUCCAUCAACUUGUCCACCACAAACCUGUGGGAGCAUUGGAAAACAAUUCAAAUGUGCCGCAACUAAAGUUUGCAAAGGAGCGUGUCGGUGUGAUAAAGGAUACUAUAGAAACAAAAUUGGAGAAUGUAUUCGUAAAGAGGAUUGCUUGAAAUGUAGAGGUCCUCACGAGUAUUUCUCAUGUGGCGGUGCGUGUGACAAUGUAUGUGAGACGAUACAUAUACAGAACCAAACACAUUGUCCUAUUAUAAACAUUCAAUGUAACCAAAUGUGUUAUUGUGAUGAAGGAUACGCCAGGGAUGAAAAUAACACUUGCAUACCUAUUGAAAAGUGUCCAAAACCAAAAUGUCCCAAACAUGAAAGAUUUGUGGAUUGUCCACCGGCGGUCUGCGCUCCACAAAAUUGUACACAGCUGGGCUUCCCCAUCGAAUGUCCAGACUACUCAGACAGUGGUUGUCCAGUACCUCCAGGUUGUAUCUGUGAACACGACUACGUAAGAAACAGUAAAGGAAAAUGUGUGCAUAAGUCAAAAUGUCCAUCAUGUGGUGGUGAUCCCAAUGCUCAAGCAGGUUGUGGAGUCAACUGUGGCAAACUUUGUCCCAACCAGUAUCCAAAGCCAAUACCUUGUCCAAAGAUCUGCUAUCCAAAUGCCUGUGCCUGCAAGGAGGGCUUUGUUUAUGACAAUAAUACAAAGCAAUGUGUUGACCCUGAAGAUUGCACACCACCUUGUGGAGACAAUGAAGAAUUCUCAAGCUGCAUCAAUGGUGGAUGUGGUCCAAGAAACUGUUCGCAACUAGGACAACCAAUACGUUGUGUUAAAAUUAAUCCUGAUUAUUGUAAAAAGGGCUGUGUUUGUAAAGACGGAUUUUUGCGUGCCAAGAAUGGUACCUGUGUUCCAAAAGAUCAAUGUGAUAAUCUAAAAUGUGGUGAGAAUGAAAUGCCAGUAGAUUGUCCGCCAGCAGUAUGUGCCCCACAAAAGUGCUCAGAGUUAGGCUUCCCUGUGGCCUGUCCAGAUUUCGUGGAUGGUCAAUGUCCUGUACCACCAGGCUGUAUCUGCAAAGAAAACUAUGUGAGAAAUGACGAAGGAAAAUGUAUACCUAAGGAGGAUUGCCCUUCGUGUGGAGGUGAUCCCAACGCUGUGUCCGGUUGUGGAGUAAACUGUGGCAAAAUCUGCCCUAACCAUAACAGAACAGACAUGGCUUGUUCCGAUAUUUGUGAAUACAACGGUUGCGAUUGUCGAAAGGGCUAUGUUUACGACCAGUAUCAAGAAAAAUGUGUCAAACGUAAAAACUGCACAAUUCCAUGUGGUACAAAUGAGCGAUAUGAGAAAUGUCCAGACAAUACAUGCGAACCGAAGACUUGCAGCGAACUAGGCUUUCCACUAAAUUGCUCAGCAAAUGCAGGAGAUGAAUGUAAUGGCGAACCAGCUUGUAUUUGUGACUAUGGCUAUGUAAGGAACAAAAAGGGAACUUGUAUUCCUAAAAAAAGUUGCCCAUCAUGUGGUGGCGAUCGGAACGCGGAAUCUGGUUGUGGUAUAAAUUGUGGUAGACAUUGUUCAAAUUACAAGGCUAAACAUGUUAUUUGCCCUAGAAUUUGCAAAUUUAAUGCAUGUGACUGUAAAAAGGAAUAUGUGUAUGAUGAUAACACCGAUGAAUGCGUUAAGCCUGAACAAUGCACACCAACAUGUGGAGAAAAUGAAGAAUAUUCAGCUUGUGUCAAUGGAGGUUGUGAUGCCAGAAACUGUUCUCAGUUGGGAAAGCCAGUCCCUUGCGUCAACAUUAUUGAAGGUGGAUGUAUAAAAGGAUGCAUCUGUGUAGAAGGAUAUUUACGAGCUGAUAAUGGAACUUGCGUUAAAAAAGAAGAAUGUCCAGUGCAAUGUGGUGAAAAUGAGAUGCCCAAUGACUGUCCGGAUGCUCUAUGCACUCCACAAUACUGCUCACAGUUGGGUUUUCCCAUAGACUGUCCAGCACUGAGCGGAAACGCCAGUGACACAUGUCCAGGAGAACCUGGAUGCAUCUGUAUAGACAACUAUGUCAGGGAUGAUACUGGCAAAUGUGUUCCUAUUGAUAGUUGCCCUUCGUGUGGAGGCGAUCCAAAUGCAAAAUCUGGUUGUGGUGUGAACUGUGGUAGAUUAUGCUCCAACUAUAAGAAAAAGAACGUAUUCUGUCCACUUUACUGUAAACUUAAUGGGUGUGACUGCAAAGAAGACUUCGUAUUUGACAGCAACGUAGGACUAUGUGUCCGUCCCAACAAUUGUACACCAACAUGCGGAGCAAAUGAAGUCUACAAACAGUGCGCUAAUAAAGAAUGCAAGAGAACGAAAUGCUCACAAAUAGACGAACCAACUUCUGAAGACCAUGAUGAUCAACCCCCUAAUGAUUCUGAUUCUUCUUCAUCUGACUCUUCUGAUACUAAUUCUUCUUCUUCUGAAUCUUCUGAUACUUCUUCUGACUCUUCUGAUUCUUCUUCUGAAGAGCCAUCAGAAACUGAUGAGUCUUCUGAGUCUGAACCACAGCCUGAUGAAUGUGUUGGAGCCUGUGUAUGCCAAGAAGGAUACUUAAAGGACGAUGACGGAGUCUGCGUGCCUGAAGACCAAUGCCCAAAGAAAUGCUCAAAACCGCAUGAAAUUUACGUGAAGUGCCAAAGAACGUGUCCGCCUCAAACCUGUGAAAGCCUUACAAGGGCUUAUGUUUGUCCGAAUCCACCAGAAGGCGAAGACCAUUGUACUCCAGGAUGCCAGUGUGAAGAAGGAUACUAUAGAAACGCAAUUGGAGAAUGUAUAUCAGAAGAGGAUUGUCUAAAAUGUACUAAUCCUUACGAGUACUUCACUUGUGGUACAUGCGACAACGUAUGUUCUACACUAUCGCAGCAGAAUCAAACAAAUUGUCCCAUUAAGUAUAAGAAGUGCAUCCCUCAAUGUUAUUGCCUCAAAGACUACGCUCGAGAUGACAAUGGCAUCUGUAUACCAAUUAAACAAUGUAAUGUAUCGUGCAAAGGAGAUCCAAACGCAAUACCCGGCUGUGGUAAUUACUGCGGAAGACGUUGUUCCGACUACAAGAAAGGAGAUCUUAAGUGUCCUAUAGGCUGUUACUUGGGUGGCUGUGCCUGCAAACAAAGUUACGUGUACGAUGAUAAUAAGAAGAAAUGCGUUUUACCUAAAAACUGCACUCCGACUUGUGGUCCCAAGGAACGAUACGAGGAACAUCCUUCAAUGGUCUGCGAUCCUCUCACCUGUGACGAAGUAGGACAGGAAAAGAAGUGUCCCAAGAAACCACGUCACAAUGACAGACCGACUUGCAUAUGUAAGAAAGAUCUCGUCAGAAAUGAUCAAGGCGAAUGCAUACCUAUGUCGGACUGUUGUAAGUGA